GGGGAGGUGUUUUGACUCUGGACCCUAGGGUGGGGGAAAGGAAGAGGUAGAUGAUUCAUUUGAUAGAUCUGACUUGAUUGUUGUGUUGGUUGAAGGAAGAGACACGGGCGAGGAAGAAGCAGAAAAAUAACUUGUUUGUAAAAAGGACAGCACGUCUUUUUUCUCAAAUGUAUGUCAGUUUCAAGAAAGAUGAGAGGUUUUAUGCAUGACGUGCAAAAUAUCUUGGAAACCUUCAAAAAAGAAAAGCAGGUACAGCUUAGCACUGUGAAUGACCCGCUACUGAUGCCCCAACGGUCUGAAUGGAGUUGCAGUUGCAGAAAAGCCAACAGUUGUAGCUCCCUCAGCAGGAUGCUGAUGAGACCGAGUAUACUUCUGAGUCUGGUUUUACUCUCCCAAGUUUUACGGACGGAGUGCUGGCCUGCCAACACUGAUGAAGUGACAAUGGCAAAUAUAGUUAUUCCAGGAGGAUGGGGCGGGACAGAGGACGCUACUGAGGAAACUCAGAAGAUUUGUGAUGCGGUGAAGGAUCAAGUGGAGCAAAGAACCAACCAAAAGUAUGCGGUGUACAAAGCAGUGACAUUCCAGCAACAAGUUGUGGCAGGAGGAAACUUCAACAUAAAGGUCUUGGUUGGAGGGGAGAACUACAUUCAUCUGAGUGUUUUCCAACAACUUCCUUGUAAUGGAGGAAAUGUUGAGCUGCUCAGCGUUGAAGAGGGAAAAACCAAAGACGACCCCCUCGUCUGCAUGUGUUAACGUUGACAUGACCUUUUUCAACAGUGUAAUACUUAAAGGCAGCAGUCUGAUAUUAAAAUGCUCUUCUUCUUUAUCCUGAAAUGAUUAAAGAAUGAUUUUGAAUCUGUCUCACAGAGAUACAGAUAUUUGGUGUUGGGUAGCAGCAAGUUGAACGCAUUCCUUUCAAAUAAAUAAUAAAGAAAGCAUUACAAAUCUCAAAAUAUGUCCUCUGGUUGUAAUCUUGGCUGGAAUAAAUCGUUAUAAAAUGAUAA